AUGGGGACUGUGAAUAGUUAUCACAAUGAAGCUAGAAUACAAUUUGAGGCUUUUCAAGAUCAAAGGCAUAGUGUGGGGAAUAUUUUACGAGUACAUAGUCACAAUAUGGAAAUUGAUUAUCGGACUUGUUUAACAGCAAUGUUGGAUGUGACACGCUUUCUAUUGAAGCAAGGGUUAUCCUUUCGUGGACACGACGAGUCAACAAGUUCUUCAAAUAGAGAGAUCACACUUGCUAUAAUCAAUGAUAUUGGAGAUAAAUUCUUUUCUUUGAUGGUUGAUGAGGCUAGGGACAAUUCAGUGAAGGAGCAUAUGGGAGUUGUUUUGAGUUCUCAUUCUUUGAAAAUGGCUAUUGAUGCUUUAUUUGUGCAACAUGGUUUAUCAUUAUCUAGAUUGAGAGGCCAAGGAUAUGAUGGAGCUUCAAAUAUGUGUGUGAUAGAAGUGCUAGGAAAUGUACAUGAUGACACCUCUUAUUUUGCAAAUAAAGGUGUUGUCGCAGGUUUAAUUGAGAAGAUGAAGAGUUAUCAAUUUGUUUUUGUGUUACAUUUGAUGAAGUAUAUAUUGGGAAUUACAAAUGAGUUAUCACUUUCCCUACAACAAGGGGAUCAAAAUAUUGUUCAAGUCAUGUCCUUGGACAACAUGCUAACUCGUGGUCAUGGUAGGCGUAGAGGGCAACUCAUCACCAAUUUUCAUCAUUAUCGUGUGGAGAUUUUUUGUCAGGUUGUUGAUUUAAUUAUACAAGAGAUGAAUAAUCGUUUUUCAAAAGUUAGUACGGAAUUGCUUGGUUGCAUAUCAUUUCUUCAUCCAAGAAAUUCUUUCUCUCAAUUUGAUGUUCACAAACUCAUCCAUCUUGCUAAUUUUUAUCCCGAGGACUUCUGUGGUACUGAUUAUUUAUUUUUGGAACAACAACUUAUGAGUUACUUUUAUAAUCUGCGAGAUGAUCCUUACUUUUCUUCAAUUGAUGACUUGGAAAUUCUUGCUCAGAAAUUGGUUGAGACUGAAAAACAUUUGGUGUUCCCAUUGGUUUAUCGUAUGAUAGAGUUGGCAUUAGUUGUACCAGUUGCAACUGCUUCGGUUGAACGAGUUUUUUCUGCAAUGAAGACUGUGAAGACUGAUUUACACAAUAGAAUGAGAGAUGAAUGGAUGAAUGACAGUCUAGUUGUAUACAUUGAAAAAGAUUUUUUUUCUACAAUUGAAAAUGAGGAAAUAUUACAACAUUUUCAACAAAUGCAGUCUCGUAGAAUCCAAUUGCCUCUUGUACCGACUCGUCAGCCGUCGCAGACUUCUGUUAUGGAGAAUCGGUCGAGUAUUAAGUGGGACAAGGGAAAGGUUCUCGAGUUCUAG